AUGAUUUAUGAUCGUUCGAUUUUAUCAACACAUCUUGAGUCAAGGAAAACGAAAUACGAAGGAACAAACAUGAACACUGAUGGGCGAUGGUAUCAUCGCAUUAAUGCAGCUGCAUACAAUGGGAAGGACAAGAUAAAGUACACAAUUGUUGGAGAGAUAGAUGGCGAAACUGUUGUGACAAAAGGAAAACUUCAUCCACAGGAAAGAAGCGUUGUCCUUGCUCCACCAAGGGUACUCAGAGCAUGUAGAACAGUAUUUCGAGAUGACUUUAACGGAGCAUUUGAUGCGUCACAUUGGAACUAUGAAGUGUCUAUGUAUGGAGGUUAUAACUGGGAAAUCCAAGCAUACGUUCCAGAGGCCAGAAAUAUUUUCACUAGAAAUGGUCAUCUUUUCAUCAAACCUUCCAUGUACGGAUACUGUACGAACUCCGACCGUUGGGGCUGUUAUAGAGCUGGAAAAGAUGGUCUCCUACCACCAGUAAUGUCUGGCAAAUUAAAAAUCAAAAAGCACUAUCAGAUUUGGAGAGGUUACUGUUUGUGCCAGAGUACCAAGGGGGAGAACUGGAUUUGGCCAGCCAUCUGGAUGUUGCCUAGAGACAGUCAUUAUGGCCAAUGGCCUAGGUCUGGAGAAAUCGAUAUAAUGGAAAGCAGAGGCAAUUCACAGGCCACUGAUGGUAGUGGACACAAUCAUGGUGUCAAUGAAGUUGGAGCAACUAUGCACUGGGGACCUGAUGCUGGUCAAAAUAGAUUUACACUUACACAUGGAGAUAUUCAAGGAGAUUGGAGUCAUGCCAUUCAUUGUUAUCAUCUUAGUUGGACUGUGGACCAUAUACGCGUGACUGUUGAUAACCGGGAAAUAAUGAACAUCCCCAUUCACCAGAGUUUCUGGCAAAAAGGAGGAUUUAGUGGCAGCAAUAUCUGGGGUAGCGGUACUAAGGCAGCUCCUUUUGAUCAACCGUUCUAUUUGAUUCUGAAUGUUGCUGUUGGUGGUACCAGCGGAUUUUUCCCUGAUGGAUGGACGUACAACUCGCCUAAACCAUGGAGGAAUGAUUCACCACACGAAAACGCUGACUUUUGGAACGCUAGAAACAAUUGGCUUGGUUCUUGGCAUGGCGAUGAUGUUGCCAUGGAAAUCGAUUAUGUUGAGAUGAAACAAUGUUAAUAUUGGUUACGUAAUAAAACUAACUUAUAAUA